CAUAGAAAGACAAUACCGGCGUCUUUAUGUCAAAUAUAUUGAAUUAAAAAUGCCUGGAACAAUAUUAGAAAAUUUAAGUGGUCGUAAAUUGGGAAUUUUAGUCUCAAUAUUAUUGAUAAUACAAAUCAUUUGCUUCUUUAUUGGUGGUCUUUUAGCUCCCCCGCCAUCGGGACAUCAUAGUAUUUUAGCAACAAAAUGUUUGGAUGAAACUGGUGAUAUCAAUUAUACAAAUCGUUGGUAUUAUAAUCGUGGUGUUGGAUCUUGUGAAGGAAUUCAUUCAUUUACUGCGGAUGGUAAACCAAUUCGAAGUGAUGAUAUUUCAUUGGCGAAUAAAAUUGUUUUUGUCUUUCAAAUGCCGUUGCCACGAAAUAAUAUGGAGCUGGACUAUUCUCGAUGGCAUCAAACAUUGAUUGGAGUAUUAAAUGUGGACAUUUCCAGUGAUAAUUCCAUGGAUUUUGAUGAACCUGUACCAAUUACAAUUCACGCUCAAUUAGGAUAUCGUAACAAAGGUGAUCCAGACAAUGCUUGGAAGUUUUAUGCUGGAUCGGUUGAACAACGGAUAAUCGAUUGUCAAAUUGAUAAAGCCGAUAAGCACAACUAUAAUUGUUCAAUGAUACCAUUAUUCGAAUUGGGAUCGGUUCAUCAUGAUUUUUAUUUAUUGAAUUUACGUCUUCCAAUCGAUACUGAAAUGAAUAUGAAUAAUCAUUUGGGACAUAUUGAAGACGUUCAUUUAACGGUUAUCCAUCAAAAUGGCGGUUUUACAAUGGUAUGGAUGGCCUUCAAAACAAUAUUCUUCCCAUUUAUCGUGGGUGUUAUGAUUUGGUUUUGGCAUCGAGUUACAUUACUCUCAAGAUCCCCAGCUUUACUUGAAUAUAUGCUCCUAUAUUUAGGAUCAACUUUAACUCUUCUCAAUUUACCUUUGGAAUAUUUGACCCUAUUUUGGGAUUUGCCCUGCAUGUUAUUAUUGGGGGAUAUUCGACAAGGGAUAUUUUAUGCGAUGCUGCUAUCAUUUUGGUUAGUUUUUGCCGGUGAACAUAUGUUGAUUCAAGAUAACACCGAACGCAAUUCAUUGAAACCAUACUGGAAACAUUUAAGCGCUGUCGCAAUUGGAUGCCUCUCGUUGUUCAUUUUUGAUAUGUGCGAACGUGGAAUUCAAUUAAUCAAUCCAUUCUAUUCAAUUUGGGUCACGGAAAUUGGUACACAUUUGGCUUUAUCGUUUAUAAUAUUGGCGGCACUUUCAGCAUGCAUGUAUUUCGUAUUUUUAUGCUACAUGGUUUGGAAAGUAUUUUGUAAUAUCAGCGUAAAACGAUCAAGUUUACCGAGUAUGUCAAAAGCCCGACGUUUACACUACGAAGGAAUCAUCUAUCGAUUUAAAUUUUUAAUGUUAUCAACAUUACUUUGCGCUGCUUUAACAAUUAUUGGAUUCAUCCUUGGACAGGUAUCUGAAGGUGAAUGGAAAUGGGACGAACAUGGUAUCGAAUAUUCUUCUGGAUUCUUUACUGGCGUCUAUGCAAUGUGGAAUGUUUACAUUUUUGCAUUAAUUGUUUUAUAUUCGCCAAGCCACAAAAAGUGGCCAUCAGAAUCGCUUACAGGAGAUAAAAGUAUUAGUGAAGAAAUUGAAUUUAGUCGUUUACCAACUGAUCCAAGCCAAAGUGAGAUAUCUUCGUUAACAUCGUUCGCACGAAAAGCAGCUGUAGAAUAAGAGCUGACUAUGCUAGAGGGACCGCUUAUGAGGUAAAUGGUACUUGUCAGACUGCUUAAAUCCACCACUGCUGACAGUUGAAAUCUACAACAAAGUUUCCAAUCUAGAAAUUGGAUAUUUGAGAACAUCAUAUAAGUUCCAAAAAUAAAAUUUUUAUGUAAAAAUUAUUUUUUAAAUAUGUUUUUAUGAAUAUAAUUUGUCAAAUUAUCAUAAAAUAAAAAAUAAUUCUGUAUUAUAUGCUUUAUGUAAAUUUGUAUUAUUUUUAACACAAUUAUAACAGUGACUCUAAAAAUGUUA